GCCACAGCGCGACAGCCGUCCCUGCCGCCGUCCCAGCUCUCUUCGCCGCUGUCCCCGCCUUCUCCGGCGUCCUCACCGCCUUCUUCUCCGCGCCCAUGGCCCGCGCCGCCCCCCGCGUCCCCCGGCUCCUGCGGGCCGCGCUGCUGCUGCUGCUCCUGGUCGCCGCCGGCCGCCAAGCAGCAGGGGCGCCCGUGGUCGCCGAGCUGCGCUGCCAGUGCCUGCAGACCGUGCAGGGCAUUCACCUCAAGAACAUCCAGAGUGUGAAGGUGACGCCCCCGGGCCCCCACUGCGCCCAGACCGAAGUCGUAGCCCAGCUCAAGAACGGGCAGGAGGCUUGUCUCAACCCCGCGGCCCCCAUGGUCAAGAGGAUCAUUGAGAAGAGGCUGGACAGGAGGAGCAGCAGCAACUGAGCUGCAGAGAAGGAAGGAGCCGGGCAGCUCCCUGGUGGCCUGGUCCUGCAGGGCCAUCCCUGCCCUCCCAAGAGCAGGAAAUGAAACGACCGCACCUGGUUUCUGC